AUGAGCUGUUUUCAGCUUUCACCUCCAGCUGGCGAUCCCGCAGGAACUCAACCAGAACCUACCCAAUCUUCUUCCAGUGCUGGCUCGGAUCUUGCAGCCGGUGAUGCAGAAGGCGUGUGGAGCGUCGACAUCGACCAGGCAUUCCAAGAAGCCCUAGCGAUUUACCCGCCAUGUGGGCGACGGAAAAUUAUAAUCAGUGAUGAGGGAAAGAUGUAUGGUAAGCAAAGUUAA